AGUUCGAAAUAUUUAUUCAAACAAAACAUGCAUUGUUAGACCUUUAAUCAUGGUUGCACAGCCCUUGAUAUGUACGUUUCUGCAGCAGUUUACGUAUCACAAUGCUAAAUGGGGGCAGUCCUAACUACAGUAUCGCUUCUGAUUGGUCUUCGCGGAGGUUCCUCAUUAUUCUCAGUUGUCGCAUACGGAUGACGCUAUCAAUCUGAGCCCAGACAACAUCACCACGAGAACUCCAAAACAUUCUACCGAGGGUCAAGAUGCUGUUGCCUCAAUGUCAUGUCGAUUUCCAUGCAACUAUGACGGCAAAAGCCAACGUCAGAUAAUCGCGUAACAGAAAACUGUUAAAAUAAUCAGUCUUAAAGGUUUUUCUCAUCCAAGUAUCCAUCCGUCUGAUCAUCAUGUCUACCAAGCUAUGCAAACUGGUCGUGUUGGCAGUGCGUGCUGCUAAUUGCCGACACCCCCGGAGUAUAACGGGUUCUGGCCAAGUAGUGUUGACCACUAUGGGACCCUCUGGAGUAUUUAACUGUGGAGCUCCAAGCUCCCAGAGCAGGGCUUACAGUCUGGACUCUCUGUCUUCGGGUCCUGGUCGGCCCUCACUUGGACGCUCUGCACAACAACCUCGGGUGGAAGGGAUCUCUGCCGCCUCAGCUCUCACGCAGCGAAACCUUUCUGCUGUUGCUGUGCAGGGACAGCGUCGUCCUAUGUGCCGAUAUGACCUCUUGGAUAUUGGGGAUGUAGAGGAAAACAUCAUUCGUGCUAAGGCGUGCAAAUUAAUAAGACACUUCAUUGUGGACCCAACUAUGGCUGAGCUAGUUGCAAAGCACCUAGGACCUGGCCUUGAAGACACCAAGACGAUUAUCUUCGAGUGUAACCCAGGUCCAGGAGUACUGACUAAGACACUGUUGAAUGCAGGAGCUCAGAGAGUCGUAGCUCUCGAGGGAGACAAAUCCUUUCUGCCUGACCUGCAGGUUUUGGAAAACCGUCUUGAUGGUCAGUUAGAAGUAGUCCACUGUGAUUUCUUCAAGCUUGACCCUAUUGGCAGUGGAAGCGUCAAAGCCCCCACCAUGUUCAGUGAUAAACUGUUCACCGACAUGGGAAUAUCCGAGGCCAGCUGGACAGAUGACAUUCCUGUUAAGGUUAUUGGCAUCCUGCCCUUGCGUAAUCAGCGUGGAAUGCUGCUGAAGAUGGUGUAUGCUCUAUUUGAACGACUGUCCGUCUACAGAUAUGGUCGAGUUGAGCUCAAUCUCUUCAUUAGCGAAAAGGAGUAUAUGAAACUGGUCUCCCGACCGGGUGACAUGAUGAACUACAGAGCCUUCGGUGUCCUCUGGCAGAUGGCCUGUGAUAUAACACUACUGCACAAGGAACCCUGGCAUUCGUUUGUGUCUUCCAAACAGUGUCGCACAGUUCAAAAGGGCAAGAUUCCCAAUGAUCAUUUGUGCCUGGUACGCCUGCAGCCAAGAGCUGAUCUCUUCUCAUCCUGGCUGUCUCCGUCCAACGCUGGAACGUUAUUAAUGAUGGUCAAACAAUGUCUAGCCAAAAGGAAGGUCAAACUCGUAGAUAGACUUAAUCUGUGGUCUCCAGACAGCGGUAGCAAGCUUCUAGAGGAAAUGGGCCUGCCUGAGGACAUUCUGACUGGGAACGUGUUUCCAGAGGAGUACCUGAGACUGUUCCAGCUGAUGGAAAAGAGUCAGGAGUUCACCCAGAGCUGGCUCUACGAUGAGAUCCUGGAGAACACACAGAGAGAGGGAUGGGCAUAGAACAUUUUUAUAUUUCUAUGACAAAAUCACAUGCAAUAUAUAUAAAUAUUCUGAAUAUUAUUGUCAAGUUGUGAAACAACGUGAAUAAUUUAUACGGUUAGCUGUGAUGGCCUAAUUUAUAUAGUAUAAGUUUUAAAAAAUAUAAAAAAAAAAUAAUGUGGAUAAAAUAUGCUUUUGAUAUAAAAACAUUAAAUGCUCAAAUGGAGCUAAAAAGGAAAUCAUGUAAUUCUUGUAAAUAAAUUGACAUGCUUGCUGGGUAUGAUGCAAAUUGGUAAAUGUCAAAUUUUGUGUUUGUUCUAUAUGAUCCUCGGUUAUAGCUCAUUUAGAGAACCUUCUAUUCAUGCACCAAGGGUGAACUCAAAUCAAUGCCAUAUUUUCCCGGUGGAUGAAGAUUGUGUCACUUAUGUAUUACAGCAAUGAUAUGUAAUUAUAGAUAGAACACAUGAGGUUUGUUAAGUUAUAUUACCAAUACUCUUUAUAGUAAAUGGAUAACAGCCAAAUAUUUUCAAAAUCUAAAAUCUAGACCUGCGACUGACCUUAUCUUGGACAAAAUAAUUAGGGUUAGAAUAGUUGUUCAUAUAGUACACAUGUAACUAUAUUAUACUACACUCCACACCACUGCAAAGAUACAGUAGCCGCGAUUACAUGGACACAUCGGAUCCGCUAGAUUUCUAUGCGGAAUAGAAAAUGAUCAUAUAUACGCCUAAUUCGGAAUACAAUUAUCUGUUCGCAUAGAA